UCGGACCGAAAUUACUGUGGUACGAGACCUACGAAUCACCUUAUGACGUCAUCAAUAUUUGUGUAUUUACAAACACCUUGGAGAGAUAACGCGAAAAGCCAGUAAUUCAAGGAAUGUAGAAUAGGUGCGGUUCAUAAGCUGCCAUCAUGCCAGAAAGUGUACCAAUUAAAGUGUGUGGACGAUGUCGGCCGCUGACACAGGAGGAGGCAACCAAAGGGGUGAAAAGUGUAGUCAAAUCUUCUGGUGACAAAUUACUGAUUGAAUCGGGCGGAAAGGAGCAUUCUUUUUCUUUUGAUGGAGCAUACGCCAAUGAUGUUAGAAAUGAACAAAUCUACAAAGAGCGGUGUGAACCAAUUCUACAGAGAGCAUUGGAAGGAUUCAAUGUGAGCAUCAUUGCUCUUGGGUCAACCAAUGCUGGAAAGACUUAUCUGAUGUCAGGUACUGAGGGUGAUCCAGGAAUUGCGCCCUGCUUCAUCAGAAAUCUUUACCAAGCCAUUGGAGAGAGGAGCAACAAGGAGUUCUUCAUCACGGUUUCAUACUUGGAAGUUCUGGAUGAAAAGAUGAGUGAUUUGUUGAACCCUCAUGUAAAUCAAAUGAAGAUCCGCCAUCACCCUCAUAAAGGCAUCUUCAUUGAAGGUCUGUCAGAGAUGGUGGUUCACAACUGGGAGGAAAUGAGCCAGCUUUACGAGCAGGGGACCAGAGUUAGAAAAAUGGGGGCCAAUGACAUCAGAGCCAACCAAGCCAGGGCUCACUCAGUUUUCACCAUCACUGUCGAACAGAGAACUAGACAGUCCAGUAAAGUUGGCGUUAGAUCCGUUAUUUGUCUGGCGGAUUUAGCCAUGGGAGAGGCAGGAGGAACCUCAGAUACUCACAUUGUGGCUGGUCUUCAGGGCCUUAUGAAUGUCCUCAGUGCUCUGGGAGGUCCCAAGAAAGGCAGCAAUAUACCGUACAGAGAUUCCACAAUUACUCGAGUACUCCAGGACUCGUUUGGUGGUAAUACGGUCACCCUGAUGUUUGCUGUUGUCUCACCGGUUGACAAAGCUCACAAAGAGUCACUGACCACGCUUCAGUAUGCUUCCUAUGCAAAGUCGGCUAAAAACCACGUCAAAGCCAAUUUGGACGAAACGGCAGAAAUCAUUGCGGAUCUGCGGGAAGAAAUUGCAAAGUUAAGAGAUAAAAUUGCUGCAACUUCCGCACCUAGUAGGGAUGAUGUACACAAGCUUGAAGAUCUAGUGCAAGAUUUACAGAUUGCUAAGAUGUCAACUUGGGCUGAGAGAGAGAAACUGUCCAAGAAAUUUGAAGAGGAGAGAAAAGUUAAUUUAGCCAACAAGGGAAUUCUGGACUGGGUUAUGGAUAACAUGAAAAAAGGAAACAAAGAAAUUCAGGAAAAGAUGCUGCUUCUCCAGAAGGAAAAAGAUCAAGUGACUUCACAAUACACAGAAAAGAGGAGAGUGGUGGAUGGUUUGAAUGAAGAGCUGCAGAAAAAGAUUGCUGAGUACUCAAAGUAUCAGGACAGUGGAAAAUUAACUGAUUCUGAAACAAAGAAAAGGGUCACAGCCAUCCAUGAAAUCAAAGAAAAACUGAGGAAGGAAUCCGAAGGGUUAAAGCAGAUCAAAUCCCAGUUAAGGGAUUUAGCUGAGAAACAGAAAGAAGAACGAGACGAAGUCAACUCGCAAAUGUCAGCGUUGAAAGGAAGCACAGAACUACGUCAGCAAGUGGAGAAGGAAGAAAGGCUGAGGGUAGAGAAGGAAAACAGAGCCAUGAUAGCAGAUGAAGUGGAGAAGAUGAAGACCGAACUAGAAACAGAAAAAUCACACAUUCAGUUGAAAGUGACCGAAAAUAAAUCCCACAGUGCUCAAGAAGUUGCCCAAUUAGAAAUCCAACUGGCGGAGAUGAAAUUAGAAAAACCAGUUACAACCAUGAAGAUACAGCUCUUGGAGCAAGAGAAGGAACGUCUGAUCAAAGAACUGGAUGCGGUUUACCAGGUACAUAAAGACGAGCUUGAGUUUCAGAGGCUGCAUCACCUGGAGACGUUUAGGACAUACCGGGAGAUGUUUGAGGAACAGAAAGCGGCGUUGGACCAGCGAUACCGACAUCUGCUGGAGGACGCCAUACAGGACGCAGUCUUCCUGUCCAGCAGGAACAAUGAACUCCAGGAAGAAAGUCAAAGUCUGCGACAACAGAAUGCCGAAAUGAGGGAUUCCAUUACAAAGCUGGGUGGACGCCUCCCAAGUCAAAUUGCAUGACAUUUUCAGUUUCUUCUUCUGUGAUCAUGAAAAACUGUGAUAAAGAUACUGUCAUCCUUCCAUAAUUAUAGGUACACAUUAUGUAUCUUCUAAUCCAAGCCAUUUCUAUUAUUAUAUAUAAUGUGUUAGUUAAUUUGAUUUUUUAAUUCUGUACAUCAAUGAGUUUAUUACCAGGUAAAUGCAAAUGGUUAUUUAUUAUACAUACAUUAAUUGACAACCAUGCUGGUACAUGUACUUGAUAGCUAGCACCUGAAAAUUAUAAAUAAAUUUGCUCAUUCUAUUUUAGAAAUGCUGAAAUAUAUGCAUAUUUGAAUUUAUUAUUUUAAGUUAAUAUAUAAUAAAUAAAAAGAAUUGAAGUCAUCUAAUCAAAAAUUUAUGUCAUUUUUCUGUUCAUUUAUUCGAAAGCAAAAAUAUCUUUAAUAAUAUUGAUUGAUUGAGAACUAAUACAUGUAUACCGUAAUUAAUGUUUUUUAUUAGCUGGAAUGGCAUGAAAGUUGUAGGUUUAACAGUAGAUCUGUUUAAUUGAAACUUACACUUGUUAACAAUUUUGUUAUUUUAUAAUAAUUAUUAGACAGCAGGAUCUGUCUUAAGAUGAAUCCGUCCUUUGUAUUUAUUUCAAUGUUUGAGAUAGCUAGUUUUUUCCUUAACUUUUUUUCCUUUUUU